AUGAGCAAAGUCACUGAACAACAAACCAUUAUUAAUAAAACAGUUGAUUUGAUUGAAAAACAAAUUAAAGGGUGGGGUGUGUUAUGUCAAAUGAUUAAUGAAGGGGUACAGCGAUUUAAUGAUAGUAAUGAAGUUAAUGAAAAAGAAGAACAAAUUAUUGGAUUACAUGCAUUAAAUGAACGUCUUGAAGAGAUGUAUCACUCUAUGGAAACAGCUGUCAAUAACACAAAGAGUCGAAUUCUUAAAUUACCAAUUGGAAAUGAUUCAUCAGUGUAUCAACAUUACCACCAUCAAUGUGAAAUGGUUGAACAAAUAGUAAAAUGGUAUUGUAUUGAAUGGAUAGUAAGAGAUAAUUUAAUACAGCAAUUAAAUCAUUCCAUAUCUACAAUACAAGUACAAGAAUUACAUGAUAAAUGGAAGAAUUAUAGUCAUAAUAAUGAAAUUCAAACCAUGAUUGAUACAUUAAAGACAUGUAGAAGUUUUAGUGGAAUAGUGAAUAAGAAUUUAAGAUAA